UCUAAACCUUUUAGUAAAAUUUUUAUAAAUCUUAAGUAUAUAAUAGUUGACAAUUAAUGAUAAUAUGUGGUCUUUAAUUGAUCCGACAACACAAACAACUGUAUCUCAAGUGCGACAAAAACCACAGAAGGUGGUUUAUAAAUAUGUAAAACCUUCUCAACCCAUAUAUCGACCUCCAUCUGCAAGAAUAGCAUUUAAUAGAAACGAAUCGCCAGAAUCUCAAAGUGAAUCCACGACUUUACUCAUGCAUACAAACUAUGAUAACUUUCAGCCAUUGAGAAGACCCCAUCCGUUGGGAAAUACACUAAAAAUUUCUGAGUCACCAAUUAAUAGUCCUCUGCGGCGAUCAAAAUCAUUUUGCGCUAAAGAAAUGAAUAAUCACGACUCGAUGGGACAUCUCAUGUCAAUUGAAGACAUUUCGUGGGAAAAUGUGGUAUUAGUGAGAGAAGCCAUCGAAAAGACUGACUCGAUGUCCACAAAUCAGUUGAUGCAAAUCGUACGCAUCAUUUGCAACAAAGCUUUGGAAAAGUCAUGCUAUUGUCACUCAUUGGCCAUCUUAUGUCUGACCAUUGAUAAGAAACAAUGUAAACCGAGACCACAUUUGUUCAUUGAAUCGCUUGUCAAUUGUCUGAGAGAAUGGUUUAACGAGAGGGACAAACUCCGGUUGACUACUGGAGGAGCCCGAAGAUGGACGGCAUACGUCACCUUUCUGUCGGAACUGUAUCUCAAUUUGCGUAAAGGAGUUAAUCAUCGAAAUAAUACUAUUGAAUCAUAUUAUGAUAAUACCAACGAUGAAGUUAUUGAAUCCGAUGAACAAGAGUCGGAUCAAUCUGAAGACAAACAACAAAUUAGCGAAACGUUGAGCGUAUCGUUGAAAGUCAAACAACAAAAACAUUUAUAUCUUUUACUAUACGAUUCAUUGCAAACAAUAUUACUGAACCCAAACUCGACGCCCACUGAAAUUGAAUGCUUGCAGUCUGUCCUCCGAUCAUGCGGCAAAUAUCUGGAAGAAGACAAUGCCUGUCGUAUGAAAUCACUGAUCAGUUUCAUUAGGGAUACCUUUUUAGCUGAUCCUCAUAGCAAUAAUCAUCAUAUGAAUUGUCAAAAAUUGUAUUUAGAGAUCAUAGAGUUGGCUUCCAGUCGGUGGCACUUCAAUGCCGACCAACAGAUCUAUUAUUUUCCGUACACUAAAAGCGAUCAUUAAUUUCGAUAACGACUUAAUUGAAAUAUCAAUUUUUUUUGCUUACGAUUUACGAAACAAUUU